AUGAAUCGGUCCACGACCUCGUUGGCCAGUGGCCAGACUGCCAAUGCCAAGGUCGCGAGAGACGAGGGGAUCGAGUUGAACGAGAUGUCCGACAUUGAGCAGCAGCAGUUGUCACCGAAGCAAGAAGGGCCGAGGCCGUUUGGUCAGGGGGACAACGGUCUCUAUCAACCCAAGAGCCUCAAGUUCUGGCUGACCCUCUUGUGCAACUUCCUCGCCCUCUUCCUGGUCGCACUGGAUCGGACCAUCAUUGCAACCGCAGUUCCUCGUAUCACCGACGAGUUCAAGAGCCUGGGCGACAUUGGCUGGUAUGGCUCGGCAUACAUGCUCACGACCGCUUCGUCACAGCUCGUAUACGGCCGUAUAUACAAGUUCUACGACAUGAAAUGGACCUUCCUGAUCAGCAUCGUCGUUUUCGAAGUCGGAUCAGCCAUCUGCGGCGCUGCUCCCAACUCGGGCGUCUUCAUAGCUGGGCGAGCUAUUGCCGGUCUCGCCUCGGCGGGGAUUUUCUCGGGCUGCAUGCUGAUCAUGAUCCCCAUGAUCCCGUUGCAUAAGCGGCCCAUGUUCCAGGGCAUGUUCGGGAUGAUUUUUGGAAUCGCCUCGGUUAUGGGGCCCCUGAUCGGCGGAGGAUUCACCAGCGCGGUCACCUGGAGAUGGUGCUUCUACAUCAAUCUCCCUAUCGGGGCGAUCUCGCUGGUAUUCAUGGUCCUAUUCUGGAACCCACCGAAGCAGAAACAUGCGCCUGCCAGCGUCGGAACCCACUUCAAGCGUCUCGAUCCGCUCGGCAUGUUCUUUUUCUUGCCAUCCGUCGUCUCUCUCCUGCUGGCUCUCCAGUGGGGCGGCUCGACCUAUGCAUGGAAUGAUGGCCGGAUCAUCGCCCUCUUUGUUGUCUUUGGCGUGCUGCUCAUGGCGUUUGCCGCAGUCCAGAUUCUCAAGCCUGACACGGCGACCAUCCCCCCGAGAAUCAUCGUCCAGAGAAGCGUCAUCUCCGGUGCUCUCUUUACCUUCUUCUUGGCGGGCGGGAUGCUGAUGAUGGUUUACUUCCUCCCCAUCUGGUUCCAAACCGUGAAACUCGUCAACCCCAUCAAGUCGGGCAUCUACACCUUGCCUCUCGUGCUCAGUCUUGUCUUUUCGAGCAUCCUGUCCGGACUCAUCACCCAGAAGAUCGGCUACUACGUCCCGACCAUGUACCUCUCCCCGGUCCUCAUGUCCAUCGGAGAGGGGCUGAUGUCCACCUUCACCCCCGAGACCGGUUCUCCGCGUUGGAUCUCGUAUCAGUUCCUGGCAGGUUUCGGCCUGGGCUUCGGGAUGCAAACGGCCAACCUCGCGAUGCAAACGGUGCUCCCGCCCGGCGACAUACCGACGGGCAUCGCCAUCAUGUUCUUCGUCCAGCAGCUCGGUGGCGCCGUCUUCACCUCGGUCGGCCAGACGAUCCUCAGCAACCUGCUCGUCGCCAAGCUGUCGGGCAUCCCGGGCCUGGACCCCAGCAGCAUCGUCAAGGAGGGUGUCACCAACCUGGUCUCCGCCGUGCCGCCCCAGUUCCUGGGCUUGGUCAUCGACGCGUACAACUUCGCCGCCACGAGGAUCUUCCUCACCGCCACGGGGCUGUCGUUUGGCGCGUUCAUCAGCGCCUUGGGUAUGGAGUGGAGAAGCAUUAAGAAGGGGAAGAACGGCCAAGGGGGACCGGGAGGACCGGGUGGACCGGGCGGACCGGGGGCCUUGCCGCCCGGAGCACAGAAAGUAGAAGGUGCUAAGACGAACGGAGUGAAGAUGGAGGAGGCAAAGACAGUGGGGUCGAAUGAGGACUCGGUGACGGGUGACGUGAAGCAACAAAUCUCGAGGUAG